AUGCUAUGCUCGCUCGACAAAACCUCCUCCAGCAGCCGUGGUGGUGCAGCCAACUUUUGCUCGCCCUCUGCCUCUGCCCCCAUCAAUACUAGGAAUGCCUUCCCGCCGUCACGAAUUCGCUCGGUCGCAUUCGCGACAUUCGCUGCAGGUGCCCCCGCGGGCGCCGCCGUCAGCAGCAUCAUCGGCAGCAUCCUCACGCAGCUCGCAGAGCAAAGACGUGGCGUCUACUUCAUGACGGGCGUCUCUGCGCUGGUCUUCGUAGGUGGAUUCACGAUGUUUGACAAGGGCAUGCCGUCGACAGCGGAGGAUAAUCGCGUCGACUGGCUGGGCUCGUUCCUCGUCACUACGGCUAGCCUUGUAAUGAUCGUCUUCGUACUCAGUGACGAGAACAUUGCCACGGACGGGCAGAAGACAAGCUGUACGUUUUUGUCUUCUGCUUCCGUCGUGCUCUUCAACGUCGCCAUCGUGUUCAUGGUGGCGUACUUUCCCGUCAUCUACCUCGCUGUACUCGGCACGACGCUCACGGGGGUGGCGAACAUGUUGCUUGGGGUGAUCAACCCCACGGCGACGUACUGGGCGUUCGGGUUCCCGGCGACGGUGCUGAUGGCUUUCGGCGCGGACUUUGUGUUCCCAUCAGGGACGCUGUUCAUCGCUAGGCUGUGUCUGCCGCACGAGCAGAGCAUCGGUGGGGCGCUGCUCCAGACGCUCAUGCAUCUCGGUGGUGCGUUCGAUCUGGCGAUCACGACGGUCGUGUACGACGCGACGCUCAAGCGCGUGUCGCUCCGGGACGGGAUCGUCAUCAACGUCGAUAGCACGAAUGUCUUCCCCCCCCCCUGCCGGGAAGCUGCACGCGUGCAAGGACGCGUUCUUUAG